AUGUUCGAGAGUCUUCUUGCGCCCACUAAUGCUGAUGAGAAGGCCCAGAACGAUGGUGCAUGUAUCUUUUGGGGCUCAAAAUCAAUGGGGGCUGAUGCAAAGGCCGCGUAUUUGCUUCAGUUAGGUUUUAUCACAGCCCAGAGUGGUGGGUGGAUUAUUAUUUGUGAUGACAUGCCUCUUCCUACAAAAGUGAGGAAAGUUGGCCUACAACUUGCACGCAGACCCCAGAUGGAAGUACUGAACUGGAAACUGGAGGCUGACUUGUGCUUAUUCAAUUUUAGUAAUUAUGGAGCACUCGAGGUCUCUCAUGGCUCUCACUUGGUUGUAACAUCCUUGAAGCAUAUGCAUUUGAUGGAACUGCUCCUCUAG